AGGGGCCCUUCGUUAGGAUCAAUAUCUGAAUAAAGAAAGAAAAAAAACCUUAUUUUGUUAACUAAAAAAACAUUUGAUAAUGUUUUGCUUAUUUUAGAAAUAACGUUGCUAUUUAUUGUAGCGUAAAAAACUUAAUCUAAAUGUACGAAUUCAUCAAUAAUUAUUUAUAAAUAAGUUUAUUUUCUUAUGGUUUGAGUUUUAUCUGUCAUUGUAUGUAUACUUUAGAUCAUUUAUAUCUUGAAACUAAAUAGCACCGACCUGGUGUCACAUGCCUGACCAGGUCAUAAAAAAUAUACGUAACAAUAGAAAAUAUGUGUACAACAAUUUCAUGUCAAUAAAAAGAAUGCUGUUAAUAAAUAUAAUCGUAGUAAAAGAAAGUAUACAAAAGGGUCAGUAAAUGUGUUAAUGAUAUUUAUAAAAUAGUUUGCGUCAAAGUAAGCAUGGACCAUAUACGAUGUUUAUAUUUUCCAUCAUGUACCGUAAUAGUAGCUGAACAAAAACCAUUCCAGCAUGCCAGUGUGUGAAUAUAUAUUUCUAUAUCAUUACCAUAUACAUUAUCAUCCCUUUCAUGAAUCUGAUCAACAGGGAUAUCUGUCUCGUGGGGCUGAUAACUACGAAUCUGCACUGAGGGUUUUAGAAAACCAAGAGAGGUCAUUGCAACUAGCAACUGUGUAUCAGAGAUUGGGAUGGAACAUGCUGCAACAAGCGAGAAAUCUUGAUGCUAAUAGAUAUUUCCAAAAGUCACUUGCCAUAUCACUAGUUUCUGGAGAAGAGUUUAAGCCGGUAUCACUGCAGUCAAUGAGCAGUAUGGGUGUCAGCUUGACACAGUUAGGCAAAUUCGACGAUUCGGAACGGUAUCAUUUUGCUUGUUUAAAGCAACGGCUGAAGAAACUUGGUGAAAAUCAUCCUAGCAUUGGUGCAUGCUACAAUAACAUCGGUGUAAUGUAUGAUCAAAAAGGUGAUGCCGAAAACGCAUUCAAGUAUUACAAGAAAGGUCUUGAAGUGAAGUUAAAAUCAAAAGCACCAGUCAUGUCGAUAGUGUUUUCUUUAAGUAAUGCUGCAAAUAUGAGUAGCUCAAUGGGAAACUACCGUGAAGCCCACAGACUUAUAGAUGACGCUUUGAUGAGAUUAACAGAAGAAAAGAUUCCUCCUAGAGAAGCUCUAGCAUGCACAUACGACACGAAAGGAAAAAUAUACCUUCAAGAAGAAAAAUUCAUUGAAGCAGAAGAAAUGUUUCAAAAAGCAGUUGAUGUCAGAGAGGAAAUUGCGGAAAAUAUGCCGUAUCUUGAAAGUUUGGUGCACCUUGCAGAUGCCAACAGAAGAAGCGGAAAUUUUGAAAGAAGUCUUAGCAUUGCGAAAAAGGGUCUGAAAUUAAAAACCAAGGCGACAGCCUCCAUGCCGCUAAAUACGUUAAUUGCGGAAUGUCUCGCAUGCAUUGCUGAUGUUUAUGGUAGAACAAACAAUAUUGAAAAGCACAGAGAAACUCUAGAGAAAAUUGAAUCGGAACUUUUGAGACUGGAGCAGGUGUAUCUUUGUCAAUGUAAUGAAAAGGGUUUGGAGAAGAUUAGAAACCAGCUCAAAGAUGUCAAGGAUAAACUAGACAACGCACCUGAUUGAUAACUGUAGCAUUUUGUUAUGACAAUACCACUUCAUAAAGUCAGUGACAUGGUUCAUUCCUACUUAGUGUACAUUGUUGUCUUUUGAUUACCACACCAUUCUUAAUAUUCUAAUAUUGCUUAGAUAAUCAGAUACAAUUUUUCAAAUACUUAUAAUGAUUUGAACGAAUUAAACAGGAAAUAGAUUGUAACAUUUACUAGAAGACUCAUUGUGAUCUUUAGAAAUGAAUGUUCGCGUAUGAAUGAAGUGUUUUUAUAGACAUGAAGGCACGCUUGUGAAUGAAGUGUUUAUUUUAGAAAUGAAUGUUCGCGUAUGAAUGAAGUGUUUUUAUAGACAUGAAGGCACGCUUGUGAAUGAAGAGUUUAUUUUAGAAAUGAAUGUACGUGCAUAAAUGAAGUGUUUAUUUUAGAAAUGAAUGUACGUACAUAAAUGAAGUGUUUAUUUUAGAGAUUACUAUACGUGUAUGAAUGAAGGGUUUGUUUUAGGAAAGAAUACACUUAUUUUUAGCUCACCUGAUCACUCGAUGUCCGGCGUCUGUCUGUCUGUCGUCUGUCUGUCGUCCGUCUGUCAACAUUUAGCUUGUGUAUGCGAUAGAGGCUGUAUUUUUCAACUGAUCUUCAUGAAAUUUGAUCAGAAUGAUUACCUUGAUGAAUCUAGGCCGAGGUCGUAAAUGGGUCAUCUUGGAUCAAAAACUAGGUCACUAUGUCAAAUCAAAGAAAAACCUUGUGUAUGCAAUAGAGGCUGUAUUUUUCAAUUAAUCUUCAUGAAUUUUGGUCAGAAUGAUAACCCUAAUGAAAUCUAGGCCGAGUUCGAAAAUGGGUUAUCUGGGGUCAAAAACUAGGUCACUAGGUCAAAUCAAAGAAAAACCUUGUGUAUGCGAUAGAGGCUGUAUUUUUCAAGUAAUCUUCAUGAAGUUUGGUCAGAAUGAUAACCUUGAUGAAAUCUAGGCCGAGUUCGAAAAUGGGUCAUCUGGGGUCAAAAACUAGGUCACUAGGUCAAAUUAAAGAAAAACCUUGUGUAUGCGAUAGAGGCUGUAUUUUUCAAUUCAUCUUCAUGAAUUUUGGUCAGAAUGAUUGCCUUGAUGAAAUCUAAGUCAGCUUUGAAUAUGGGUCAUCUGGGGUCAAAAAGUAGGUCAUUAGGUCAAAUCAAAGAAAAACCUUGUGUAUGCGAUAGAGGCUAUAUUUUUCAAUUGGUCUUCAUGAAAUUCAGCCAGAAUGAUUGCCUUGAUAAAAUCUUGGUCAAGUUUGAAUAUGGGUCGUCUUGGGUCAAAAAUUAGGCCACUAGGUCAAAUCAAAGAAAAACCUUGUGUAUGCAAUAGAGGCUGUAGUUUUCAACUGAUCUUUAUGAAAUUUGGUCAGAAUCUAGGUAGAGUUUGGUUAUUGGUCAUCUGUGGUCAAAACUAGGUCACUAGGUCAAAUCAAAGAAAAACCUUGUGUAUGCAAAAGAGGCUGUAUUUUUCAGUUGAUCUUUAUGAAAUUUGGUCAGAAUGAUUUCCUUGAUGAAAUCUAGGCCAAAUAAAAGAAAUACCUGUGUUUGCUCCAAUUUUAAUGAUACUUGGUCAGAAUAUUUUUUUCCAUGCAAUCACUGGGUCUGUGUUUACACUGUUAUGGUGUAUUAUGGUGUGUUUCUCAGGUGAGCGACCUAGGACCAUCUUGGCCCUCUUGUUUAAAUGAAUAUACUUGUGUAAAUGCAGUGUUUAUUUUAGAAAUGAAUGUACGUUUGUGAAUGAAGUGUUUAUACCAGAAUUGAUAUAAUUCCGAGUUUUAACUCCUUUUAGUGGGUAAAAUUAAUGAAUUAAGGGAUUCUUACCUGGAUGUUGAAGUUCCAAUAUUAGUACUGGUCAUUACCCUCUUAUGUGAUAAAGCAGGCUUUCCGGGCCUAUAAACACAAAUUGCAAUCAAUUGUUCACAUUUUAGGAUGGACUUUAAAUCCUGCGACUCAGUUCUAAUCAGUAGGUAAAAAUUAAUUUGAUUGUUGCUUAUAAUUUACUUUAUAUUUAUCUUUAUCACUAGUCUCUACUUCAUUUUAUAUGUUACUUUUUCAUGUUUGCUUAAUUGUUAUUAAAAGACGAGCAUUUAAAGUAUA